GAUCAGAGAGGAUCCUGUUAUGGUAAACAUUGGUUAGCUGUGCAGCCAUCAUUUCUUCAUGGAGUACUACCUGUGACUACAACAGCCAAGUGAAACUUAAAGAUACCGGCGACAGUUUUGAAAAAUAUUCCGUCUUCCAGCUAGCUAGCUGCCUCGCAAAUAGAUUAUAAUAUAUACUGAUAGAUCAUUGGUACUUAAGAUGGAAACAAAGAGUACUACUGGCUUUUCUGCGGCUAUUCCUGUUCCUGAAUUACUUGACAAACAUAAUUAUCCGGAAUGGGCGAUUCGGGUGCGAACCUACUUGAAGGGUCAAGAUCUUUGGAAGGUCAUCACUGACAGAGACGAAAAUGCACCAGCUUAUGAAAAUGAUGAUGUUGAUGAUGAUGGUGUCGACGAUGAUGCUGCUGUUGCUACUAUUAACGUUCGUAGAAGGAGGAAUUACUUGGCUUUACAUGUGAUCCAGAUUUCAUGCGGUCCAGACGCAUUUUCCGAGAUUAGGACAGUUUGUUCGGCCAAGGCUGCUUGGCAAACUUUGGAAAAGAAGUAUCUGAUCGUGCUUGAUACGGGCAACAUUGACAAGAGCUAUCUUCAGUAUGCCGACUUGUACAGGGCUGUGCAUCGUGGUAAUUUGACUGCUACAAAGGACUUCCUUGAUUAUCAACCGGAGGCAGUAAGCAAGGCAAUCACAAAUAAAGGCCAAACGGCUCUUCACAUUGCUGUUGCUACUGGACAUGCCCAUAUAGUCAGGGAGUUGGUGAGUCGAAUGUCGACAGAAGACUUGGGAAUUGAAGAUGGUGAUGGUUACACAGCUCUAAUAACGGCUCUUGUGUAUGAAAGAUCCAAACUGGCGCUCUACUUGUAUCCUCUCACUUCGUUGAAUCAUGAUGAUCUGGUGCUUGUAGAAAAACGCCGCCAAGGAGCUAUGCUCCUUAACCGUGCAAUAUCUUCCAGAAAUUUGGAUCUUGCUUUGCAUUUAAUUCGGCUUUACCCAAGUUUGACACAUGCUCUUGACGACCGCGGCGAGUCCCCCCUCUUAGCAUUGGCUUCUAUGCGGAACGCAUUUCCGAGUGGAAAUCGACUCGUCUUCUGGAAACAAUGGAUCUAUAACUGUAUAUGCAUUCAUCCAUCAGCUCUUGGCACCACCAUUGAAACUCGUUUGAACACUCCCAACGUUGAAUCAGGUAAUCAAUCGGCUCCAGCCACCUUUGAAACUCGUUUGAACAUUCCCAACGUUGAAAAUGGCCGCCAACGCAAUCAAGUAAUUACAAGGAUCAAAUCAGUGACAGCAGUACUGUUGCGCCACCUAAUUUCAGUUGUCCUCUACUUGUGGGCCGGGCUAAUAGUAGCGUCGCUCUACUACACUCCAAUUUUGUUGGCCGCAAUUGUGAAAGCAAUCGUGCAAUUGUAUGCAAUGAAGAAGCUCCAUAAACAAUCCCAGAAACUUCUUUCCUUCAUGUGUGAGGAGAUAUCAACAUCAUUCAUACAGACUGGACAGCUUGAAAACAUUGGUGGAGUUUGUGAUGCAAUCACCCUUGCUAUCAAGAAUGGGAUUUCCGAGUUUGUUCUUAAGGUAGCGAGGACACAUCCGAGCUUUUUGGAAAAUAAAUAUAGAAAUUCGAGGAACAUACUCAUGCUUGCUGUUCUGUAUCGCCAAUCUGAGAUCUUUAGCCAUAUAUAUCAUGGGUUUGAUAUGGAGAACACUUUGACAUCUUAUGGAGAUUGCAACGAUGACAACAUAUUACAUAUGGUAGGGAUGAUAGAAGAUUCCACUAUGCGCAAUCAAAUCUCUGGUGCAGCUUUACAGAUGCAAAGAGAGUUACAAUGGUUUAAGCUUGUGGAGAGAAUUGUCAAUUCCAAGAUUAAAGAAAGUACUAACAAAAAUGGUUUGACUCCACGACAACUGUUUACAAAGAACCACGAGAACAUGAGGGAGAAGGGAGAGAAAUGGAUGAAGGGUAUAGCAUCGUCAAGUAUAGUGGUGGCUGCUCUGGUUGUUACUAUUACGUUCACUAUUGUUUUUACCAUUCCAGGUGGUUACAACCAAACUACAGGCUUUCCAAUAUUCUAUAAGAAAGGAAAGUUUAAGAUCUUUAUAGUACUCGAUACAAUGUCCCUUUUUUUGUCAUCAACUUCGGUCUUGAAAUUUCUAGAAGUCCUCACAACACGUUACACAGAAGAGGAUUUUCUUGAGGUUUUACUGAAAAAGAUGAUUCUAGGUUUUUCUACACUAAUGCUAUCUUUUCUAACCUUGAUGAUAGCCUUUUUUUGUGCUCUUGACGUCAUGCUAGGUGACGAAAGAUAUAUUCCAGGUUCUUCGUAUGUUUACAUUAGUAUUCCAGUCAUCUACUUCAUAAGGACUCAAUUCUGCAUUCUUAGAAAUAUGAUCAAGUCGACCUAUUCUCGAGACAUCUUCAAUAGGAAGAUGAAGCUUGGUUUUAACUAAUCCAUUGUGCAAUAUGGUGUUUUGCAACAUAAACGUAAGAUCUCUUCGUUGGCAAUGCAAGAGAUUGCAUGCUUGAAGGCUUCAGGUUUGUGCCGCUCAAAAGAAUAGAGAGGUUCAUAACUUUCUUCAUUAUCUCAAAGGUUUAAGGGCUUGAGAUCAAAAUAUUGACAAAUUUCUCGUUUGGUUGAAAUUUGUGUUUAGUGUGUUUGUAAUUGACAGAUUUCUCGUUUUGUUGAAAUUUGUGUUUAGUGUAUUUGUAAGACUUGGAUGAAUUAAGAUUUUAGGUUUUAGUGUUUUUUGUUAUCACUACUACUCUUUUUAACUC